CAGGGAAGGAUUCACAAGCCCUUGCUAUUUUAUCCAACAAUUUUGAGCUGGACCACAGGAUGUCGGAUUCGACAUUUAUCAUAUUUGUAUGACAACGUACUGAUCAAGUCGCAUCUUUGUGUAGCUAAGUUCUUCAGUUGUUGCCAGUUUCUCUGUUGAAGUGAAAUCCUUCACAGUGGAGUGAUGGACAAGGAACGGAGAGCCUCAAACCAGUACGGGUCCCUGGAAUGCACUAAAUGGAACACAGAGACCGACAAACCAGAGGAGGAUGUGGUGUCCAUGGCCGACUCAACCAUCACAAUAGAUGACAUUGAGGGAGAGCUCUUCAAAAUCGAGCGGAUCCGAGACGCGUUAGUUCGACGCGAGUCUGAGCUGAGAUACAUGAUGGAUGACAUUCAGCUCUGUAAGGAGAUCACCCGGCUGAAGAAGGAGCUGCAGAAGCUGGUGUCCAUUCCAGAUAAUGACAAAUCAAAUGAAGACAAACAGAAGGAAGAGGAGCUGCUCCUGCAAAUCCAUAAGCUGGUGGAGGCCAGGGACUUCCUGGUGGACGACGUGGAGUUUGAAAGACUGAGGGAACGUGAGGAAGACAAAGAGAUGGCUGAUUUCCUGAAAUCAAAGUUCCCCAAAAACUCCAAGAACAAAGAUCCCUCGUCCAGCCUGGCGUCCCGGGCCCAGCGGCCCUCCUCCUCCCCGUUCGUCACCAAGACCGGCCUGACCCUGCUGAAGGAGUGCUGUGGCUUCACCUGCUCCGUCAUGUAGGGAUGCCCCCGUGCCCACGUGAGCCGCCAGUGGCAUCAGCAGAAGGUGCCGCCUCGGGCCCAUUGGCUGAUUUGUGGCAGCGCAGGGCUUGAUGCGCGUGCCACUUGUGUCAAGUACAGAGGGAGUGUUUUCCUUGAAAGUUGUCUUCGUGUCUGUACUCUCUCUCCCUUCCUUCCUCCCCCUCUCUCUCUUUCUCUCUCUUUCUCUCUUUCUCUCUCUCUUGCUCUCUUGUCCUCCCCUUCUAUGUCUAUCCACCUAUGUGCUGUUCAUUCCAUCCAACGGGUUCAGCUGUCAAACACUCUGCUGACUUUGCUUUCACCCUCGUCUCCCCCCGUUUCAUUUCCCAGAAGGCACUGCAGCAGUCUGAUGCGUCUCUGUUGUUCUGGCCGCCGUUCGUCAUUUUUUUCAGCCAUGCAGAAACAUCCAAGCAUCACUGCUGUAAAUAACGGUCAUUAUCACCUCAAGGAUUUGUUUGUAAAUGCAAAUCACUCAUUUCCAUUUGAACCAGGAUUAUAAUUAUGCAGAAAGCAUUUACUGUCUUAAUUCAGCACAAAUCAAUGACUUAACUGCAUUGAGCUGACAUUGCUGCCAUUUUUUUAUUCCCUCUGCAGCUACAGUAAGUCUUCAUUAACAAGCAGCAGCAGCAGGAGCAGCAUCCAGCCUGAUCAAAAUUCACAUAUGAAUCUUCUAUGGACAUUUUCAGGCAUUUAGAGCUUAGCAGUGCAGUGAUUUAUUAUGAGCCUGCUUGGGUCAAAUUAGCCUCGAGCCUUGACGUCUGUGGUGUCAUUAACAUCACAGGUAUUUGAUUUCCAUGAGGCAUAGGGGUGCAUUGGCUGGACCUUGUUAGAUCUAAUUGGAUAUUAAUGACCUGGUAUGAACGUGUAAUAAGUCAGAUUGUUGAAUGCAAAACAACCAUUUGUGCCAUUUUAACAUUUUUAGCUUUACAUUAUGCAAAGCUGUUCCACCAAACGGACUGGUGAUCCCACAGCCUUUCAAAUUAGCAAGGACCUCCAUGGCAUUUCCACAUAAUAGCUCAGUAAGUAGUUUAAAUGCGAAGCCAGAGUUUGCUCUCUUUGAUUCAUAGAUUGUAUAUGAGCAAGUAAAGGGAUAAAAAUGCCUUUCAAAGUGUGUUAUGUCAGUUGGAUGACAAUUGUUUUCAGCACAGACCAAGGCAAACAUCUAACUGCCAAUGAAUCUGUAACUUCUUCAACUAAAGGGAAUUGAAACCCUCCUUGAUUACUUAAAAUCAGUAGACCGUGGCUAUACUGGAGCUGUGGUUUGAACGGAGAGCACCAAGGUAGCAUUAGGGUAGAAAGACUGCAAUGCAGCACAAUGCAACGGAUCUAAAGGAGUCUGCACCAAAAUAGUUUGACAUCUGGUAUUAUAGAGCACGGGUCUUACCAGUGUUCCACCUUAUUUUCAAGCCUUAUUUCCUAAACAUCAACAUUUAAAGCACUGCCAAGACUUUUAUGAACUAAACUCCUUCCAAGGGAGUGGGGUUCGAUUUAUUUGUUGUAAUCAUCAGCUGUGUUUCUAUUUGAAGUUGACAAUGUAAAACCAGACAGAUAGAUGACUGUAGGAUAUUGUAAAUAACAUCUGCGUAUGUAAUAACUGUAUGUACGUGAAACCUUCAUAUAUUUUGGGUAGUGACCUGAGCGAUGGUGUCAAUGCCACUUUAACUGAAGAUGCUGACGCACCCACUGCACCACCUAUGGUGGUUAAUUCUAGAGUCCCCUGUAGUAAAUGGACCUGACACCCCCACAAAAUUCAUCUGGGACUCCAUUGUGUCUUUGGGAGUCUGGGUGGUCAUCUUCUCAGAGGGUGAACACUCUAUUAAAGAUAAAGAGCUCUUCACCGUGGAGACCAGUCUCCAUAGUUACCAGAGAGUAGGCACUCCAUACACGUACAUGGACAGUUCGGAUCAGGCGAACUUACUUGUCGGGUUCUCAGGCAGUGCAUGGGUGUAAAGUAGGUGGAAAUGUCCUCUCCACUUUUUCU